UGGGUUGAAAGCUUACGCAGUCUCACAUUAAAGCAACAACCUCUCUCUCUCUCUCUCUCUCUCUCUCUGAUUCUCUUGUCUGAGAAAUCUGAGUUUCAGAGCUUCAGGUUCUUUAUUCUUCUUCUUCUUCUUCAAGUCGAUCUUAUCCCCCAAAUAUGCAUGCUUCCAUCUACCACUCUCUUCGAUCUCUUUAUUAAUUUUUUUUAAUUCAGAUAAAAAAAAACACUCAGAGAUGAAUGUGCUUCUAAGUCUGUGAUCGGAGUCACCUCCUCGGAGUGAUCGGCGAUUGAAAAAAAACAAAAAUGCGGGUGAAGGAGCUGCAUCCUCUCUGCUGCAUCACUCUGGAGAGUCCACACGCGCUUGAUGAUAACAAACCGCCGCCGCAGCCGGUCACGAAUCUAACUAGGUCGAGGAGUCUUCCGGCGACGUCGCUAACCGGUGGAUCCAACCGGAGGAGCCUGGCCUCGGCUGGAUCGGUGGCUGGGAUCUUAUACAAGUGGACAAACUUCAGCAAAGGAUGGAGAUCUAGAUACUUCCUCCUCCGCGACGGAAUCUUGUCUUACUCCAAGAUCCGGCGACCGGAGAAUCUGAAUCUACUCUCUUCCUCAGACGACGUGAGGCUCAUUGGAAAUAUCUCCGCUGAUCGUCUCUCGAGGAUGGAUAGUUGCAGUGGUCGCCGGAAACAGGAGAAAAGCGUCGGCAUUGUUCAUCUUAAGCAGGUUUCAUCUUUCAGAGAAAGCAAGUCUGAUGAGAGGAAGUUCUAUAUAUUCACAGCGACCAAGACUCUUCAUCUGAGGACUGACUCUAUAAGUGAUAGAGCAGCUUGGUUACAAGCUUUAGCAUCUGCAAAAUGCAUUUUUCCUCUCCGGUCACUUAAUGGGGAUUUCUCCUUCACCUCACCAAAGGAUUUGUCUAUAUCAACGGAGAGGUUAAAGAAACGGUUGCAAGAAGCUGGAAUGAACGAGAAUCUCGUUAAAGACUGCGAGCAGAUCAUGCUAUCAGAGUUUUCUGAAAUGCAUGGACAAAUCAAACUACUUCAUGACGAACGAACGAAUUUGUUUGACGCACUGAGGCAGCUUGAGGAAGCUAAUCUCGAAGCUGGAGCACCAGGGAUCCAUUCAAGCCUUGGACGUGGAAAGUAUAGUGAAUGCAGCACAACUGCUUCAUCUGAUGAUAAACAAGAGUUUGAGGAUGUGUCUGAAGAAGACGAGCCUUCCUUCCACGACACAAAGGAGUACUUCAACGAACCCAACAUUGGUUCUGGAUCCAAUCUACCUAAUAACUCUGGAUACGCGGAUAUCAAGAGAAGAACAAAACUUCCUGAUCCAGCUGAAAAAGAGAAAGCUGUAAGUCUUUGGUCUAUGAUCAAAGACAACGUUGGAAAAGAUCUCACCCGAGUUUGCCUCCCUGUCUAUUUCAACGAACCAAUAUCAUCCCUCCAGAAGUGCUUUGAAGACUUGGAGUACUCUUAUCUUCUGGACCGAGCAUAUGAACAUGGCAAAUCUGGGAACGGUCUGCUAAGAGCCUUGAACGUUGCUGCCUUUGCGGUCUCUGGCUAUGCUUCCACUGAAGGCAGACACUGUAAGCCCUUCAACCCUUUGCUUGGAGAAACAUAUGAAGCUGACUUUCCUGAAAAGGGAAUACGUUUCUUCUCUGAGAAGGUGAGUCACCAUCCAACUGUUAUCGCCAACCACUGUGAAGGUAAAGGGUGGAAGUUCUGGGGUGACACUAACCUCAGGUCAAAGUUUUGGGGGAGAUCUAUUCAAGUGGAACCUGUUGGAGUUUUGACUCUGGAGUUUGAUGAUGGAGAAGUAUUUCAAUGGAGCAAGGUAACAUCGACUAUAUACAAUAUAAUAUUAGGUAAACUCUACUGUGACCAUCAUGGAGUGAUGCAAAUCCGUGGGAACCGCCAGUAUUCUUGUACUCUCAAGUUUAAGGAACAAUCCAUUCUUGAGAGAAAUCCACACCAGGUAAAUGGUUUUGUAGAAGACGUGGCUGGGAAAAAAGCUGCAACAGUAUUUGGUAAAUGGGAUGAUAGUCUUUACUAUGUUGCUGGCGAUGGAGUCAGUAAGACGAAAGUCAGCGAUCCUGCAUCAAAUGCCUCGUUGCUGUGGAGAAGGACCAAGCCACCGCCUAAUGUGACUAGAUACAACUUAACUUCAUUUGCUAUUACACUGAACGAGCUAACACCUGGUUUGAAGGAGAUGCUUCCUCCCACAGACUCAAGGCUAAGACCAGACCAAAGGCAUCUGGAGAAUGGUGAAUAUGAGAAGGCCAACUUAGAGAAACAACGGUUAGAAAGAAGGCAAAGAAUGUCGAGGCAACUUCAGGAAAGCGGGUGGAGACCGAGAUGGUUCGAGAAACAAGGAGAAAAUGAAACGUUCAAGUACACGGGCGGUUACUGGGAAGCAAGAGGACACAGGAAGUGGGAUGAUUGCCCAAACAUCUUCGGCGAGUUCACGGAAGAGCAGCUAGCUGAUUCUGCUUAAAAAGAGCCCUUUAAGUUCCAUUUUCAGUCUCUGGUUAAGAGAAGAUUUGCAUCGGACAACAUUGGAGUUAUUUUACACAGAAGAAACGUUUUCUCGACAUGGGAAGUAGUAUCAAAAGCCAACUUCUUGGCUUAGUUUUCUGUUUGAAAGGAAGGGCAGAGAACAAGAGGAUAUCAGAAAUGCUUUUGGUUAUAAUACUUUUUUUUUUGGGUGAGGAUGUGUAAUGUCUCAUCUCCUUUUGGUAGAGUGUCUCUGUAGAGUCUUAUCUCUCUGUCUCUUUCUUUCCGCAUCUCUCUCGUUAAAUAGUUGAGAUUAAUGUUAGGUUGUUGGUCCAUUUGUAUUUAAUUAAAAAAAAAAAUAUGAGGGUUUAAAUAAA